GGUCUUCUCUUCUUCUGGCUGCUGACAGAGUCUUUACCUGACAACCGAGAGAGUCCUGCCAGAUAGAAACACACCACACCUUUGUACAUCCUUCAUACAUCCAAGAUGUUUCCUUGGUCUGCUGUCUUCUCCCUUGAGCCCAAAGUGCCAGGUCAGCGAUCCACUGAGGAGCUGGUGACCAACACUCUGAUGCUGGAGCUGGGGGCCAUGGUAAAGCGAACUGAGCGCAUCCGUUUGGAGAGAGCUACCGAGGGCCGGCGCAGGCGCCGGAGCUCCUCCUCCACUGCAGACUACAGCUGGCUGGCAUCCACCCCGACCCCUCAGCCAUACCAGCUCACCCCCAAUGACCUGCUGGAACUGCAGGACCUCUGUGCCAAGAUCCCCCCUGCACAGUGUGGCCCUGUUAUCGUCAGGUUUAGGAGACUUGUUUCACAGAUGGAGCCUGAGGUCCACGAAGUCCCCCGGCUGUUCCGCACAGUGCUACGAGACUGUGUGGAUGAAGUCAACGGAAACGACGAGGUCCAGGCCCAAAGCACGUUUUACGAGAAGCACCAACGCAGCAAGAGCCUCUCCUUUGUUACCUUCCGCACAAAGUUUCGCACUGGGCAAAUGUUCAAGGGGAGCGGCUUGAGGGGCUCCAGGGGGAACCUGCAGCAGCAGGUCGACUGGUCUGAUGAGGAGGAGGAUGGGGAGGGUGAGGAGGAGGCCAUCAGGGACAGAGCAAGGAAGGGGAGGAGCAAGAGCAUGCCAGAGAUCACCCCUCUGGAGCAGAGCGCCCAGGGGUGA